AUGGCUCUAACACCAGAGGAAAUCAAAGAGUAUAAGUCAUUAUUUGAAGAAUACGAUACAAAUAAAAAUGGUACACUCGAAGUAAGCGAAAUUUCUUCCAUUUUACGCAAAGUUAAGGGACAUAGACCCACAAAGAGACAAAUCACAAACUUAAUGUCAAAAGUAGAUAAGAAUCAUGAUAAUGUUCUUUCGUUAGAUGAGUUCCUCGAAGCAAUGUCUCAGAUGGCUUUGUCAAAAGAAAAAGAAGCAAGAGAAGUUUUUAAUACUAUUGAUACAGAUAAAAGCGGUUCAAUUACUAAAGAAGAAUUACUCAAAUUCAUGGAAAUUGUAAACCAGGAAGUCUCAUUACCUGAUGUUGACUGCAUCUUUGAUAAGUAUGAUGUUAGUCAAGACGAUAAGAUCAAUUUUAGUGAAUUCCUUAAGAUGUACCGUGAGCUUGGAUUUUAA